UGGUGUGGCUUUACAACGCCCCUCCUUCUAGCUACAAGAACUAUGACAUCGAUGAGAUCAUUUUUAUCACGUGCAAUGAAGGAUCUGUGAUGGCGCUUGGCUUUCUUAUUGGCUAUACUUGCCUCUUGGCAGCUAUAUGUUUCUUCUUUGCAUUCAAGUCAAGAAAACUUCCAGAAAACUUUACAGAAGCCAAGUUCAUCACUUUUAGCAUGCUUAUAUUCUUCAUUGUCUGGAUCUCAUUUAUCCCUGCAUACUUCAGUACUUACGGCAAGUUUGUUUCCGCUGUGGAAGUCAUCGCCAUACUGUCAUCCAGCUUUGGGUUGCUGGCCUGUAUUUUCUUCAGCAAGUUGUACAUCAUCCUUUUCAAACCAUCCAGAAACACCAUWGAAGAGGUUCGGUGCAGCACCGCAGCCCACGCUUUCAAAGUGGCAGCUAAAGCUACGCUGAAACACAGCACGGCUUCAAGGAAAAAGUCUAACAGCAUCAGUGGAUCCUCUGGCUCAAGUCCGUCCUCGUCAAUCAGCCUCAAGACCGACUGCGACCAGCCUUCAGGGAAGCAGAGGCCGAGGGUGAGCUUCGGCAGCAGAACAGUUGCUCUGUCUUUGAGCUUUGACGAGUCAAGAAGGAGUUCAUUAAUGUAAAGUGCCUAACAAAGUGCCAAACAUCAGCCUCAUCAUUUUAAGCUAAUUAUACUGAUGCCAACACUGACAGUGUGAGUAAGCUACAGAUGAGUAGAUUCUACUUUCUAACGAAGCUCUAAUCUAUUAGUAGAGGUGUACAGCACAGAAAUUAAUUUCUGCAGCAGUUACUGAGAAAUCUGAAGAAGUUUCACAUGAGUUGGGGAUAUUGCUAAACUGAUUUGCAUAGAAAAAUGUAUUUUUUACCAUCUCAGUUACCCUGUAGAAGUAAUAUUUUAUCUGACUCACUUAGCUCAUCAUUCUCAGUAAUUCAGUCAGUCAAUAAAGAAUUUAGUCCAUAGAUUUCUGUAUGUUUUAGCAAAAGUAUCUGAUGCAGACAAACAAUAAUAUUUCAACAAAUAUUCUCAAAUGGAAUAUUUUUACUUUUAUAUUUAAGCUUAAAACAUCUAUUAGGAUAAGAAAACUGUCAAUUAUUUUGUACAAAUAAAAGUA